AUCACUACUUAGUGUAUUUAUACACAUUACUUCGCUCUUAUCCUUAACAUCGACUAAUUUUAUAGUGUUAGCAUAUCUAAGUUUAAUUUUACUUAUCUUAGUCCAACUAAAAGACCUCUUAUACAUUAAAUUAAGGGGAUUAAGACCUUAACUAUCGUCUCGCUAUUGUAGUUUGGAUUGCCGAUCUAAACUCUAAACAAAAAAGAAAUUUUCAAGACGGGCUUUCGCGACCGCCUAACAAGUAUAAAUUUUGCAAUUGUUCAAUAUGGAGGUUCCUAACUCCACUAUCAAUAAAGAAAUAGAAGAACCAGAAGUUUUACACAAUCAAAUAGCUUCCGGUCUGGCUUCAGGAGCAAGUACUUAUGUUAAUAGACAAGAAAUAAGUGAUGAAGAAGAUCAACAUUCCGUUUUAACACCCAAUGAUUCCACUAUAGACGAAUUGUCAGAUGAGAAUUUUGUCACUAAUAAGUUUGGGCAUCUGGAUAACAUUCACGAUGAAGAGGAAUUAAAAAGAAUUGCAACGAUUGAAAGAACUCAAACUCAUAAAUCCAUUGAUCAAUAUCUUCAGAAACAGUUAAGUAGAACUUAUACGCAUAUUGAUGACGAAGAAAAAGCUCAAGGAAUAAUAGAUAUACAUGAUUUAGAAUGGGAGUCUCCACAAGAUCCAGCUAAUCCAGCCAACUGGAAGAAGAGUAAGAAAUGGUUUAUUACAUUUGUGGUGGCUAUAUUAAGUUUAUGUUGUACAUUAGGUUCAUCUUUAUAUACCACUGCUAUUCCUGAAUUAAUGAUAAAAUUUCAUUCAUCACAAGAAUUAUGUAUUGCAGGAUUAACAUUUUAUAUGUUAGGAUUAGCCAUUGGUCCUGCACUUACUGCUCCAUUAUCUGAAAUUAUAGGUAGAAAAUUUAUCUAUAUAAUUACAUUACCAAUUGGUAUGUUAUUCACUUUAGGAGUACUGUUUGCAAAGAAUAUAGAAACAAUUUUAGUAUUAAGAUUCUUUUGUGGAUAUUUCUUAUCACCAGCAUUAGCAGUAGCAGGUGGAACCAUUACCGAUCUUUGGAGUGAAAAUCCCAAAGAAUUAGGUCAAUCUAUUGCAUUAUUCUGUUUAGCUCCAUUCCUUGGUCCUGUUUGUGGACCAGUAAUAGGAGGAUUUGCUUCUGAACAUAAAGGAUGGAAAUGGACUUCUAGUUAUAUUUUAUUAAUGCUUGCUGGAGCUAUUCUUCCCCUUGUUUUAAUUAUUCCUGAAACUUAUAAACCUAUUAUUCUUUCUAGAAGAGCUAAAUCACAAAAUAUUAAAGUAAAAGGUCCUGUAUUUUCAAUUACUUUCAUUAAUGAUGUUAUUAAAAAUGAUUUAGUUAAACCAUUACAUAUGUUGGUAACUGAACCUAUUGUAUUUUUCUUAUCAGUUUAUAUUUCAUUUAUAAUGGCAGUAUUAUUUGGAUUUUUUGAAGCUUUCCCUAUAAUCUUUGUUGGAGUAUAUCACAUGGGAUUAGGAACUUCAGGAUUACCAUUUAUUGCUGUAGGAAUUGGAUUAUUUUCUGGUAUAGUAGUAUUUGGUUCAAUUAAUAGAAGAUUAUUCUUUAAUAAGGAUGGUACAGAAAAUAUUAAAUAUUCUAGUCCUGAAGGUGUAUUAAUUAUUGGUAAAAUAGGUUCAUUGGCUAUGCCAAUAUCCUUAUUUUGGUUGGGUUGGACUUCUAAAGAAUCCAUUCAUUGGAUAGCUCCUACCGCCGCUGGUAUACCAUUUGGAUUUGGAUUGAUUAUGGUAUUCUUUAGUGUAUUAUUAUACUUUAGUAAAAGUUUCCCCACAACCAAUGUUGCAUCAGCUUUGGGUGCAAAUAAUAUUUUACGGUAUAGUUUUGCUUCAAUAUUUCCAUUAUUCACGGUACAAAUGUAUGAUCGUUUACAUAUAGGUUGGGCUUCAUCAUUAUUUGCAUUUAUUGCAUUAGCUUUAGUACCUGUUCCAUUUGUAUUUUCAUAUUAUGGUGAAGCAUUUAGAAAGAGAUCAAAGUAUGGAUAUGAAGCAUAUGAGAGGGAUUUGAAUUUUGAUUCAACCGAAGAAGUAAAGAAUUUUACUGACAACUAAAACUAAAGUGGAUGUGUUAUAGAUUAAUAGAGAAUAUAGAUAAAUAAAUACAUAAUAAUUUGUAAUUCAAUGAAGUUAAUAGAAAAUAGAGUGUGU